ACACAGGCCAACGGCACAGACCUCAUCAAUUUACCUACUGUCUGCUUGUAUUCAGCUUCAUAUUCAUUAACUGCCCGCCCCUCCCAGGCCGCCAGUACUGUGGAAACCCCGUGCUGCUUAACAGCCACGGGCCAAAAUAAACUCCUCACUUACGAGGGAGGUGCGGUGUAGUAAAGUAUGCGUAUGGGAGAGGGGCGGUAAUCCGAUAAGUGUGCGGCUCCAUUUUCCUGGCAAAAGUCCACCUCCUAAUCACACGACUUGGGCAAACUAUUGGCCGCGCUGAUGGCGGCCAUUUUGGGAACCUUUGACUCCAUGACGUCGCAGCGUACAGGCCGCGCCCCGCCCCCAUCCUCAUCUCGCCGUCGGACAGAGCGUCGCGGGAACGGGAGGGCAGACAAAGCAUUAAACUAAUGAAUGGGGGGCCGAGUGGCGAUUAUUUGGCCUGCGACCACUGAAAGCCUGCCGAGCCCUGUCAGGGACGUACGGAUAAGCAGGUGGGCUAACCAAAAUUGUCAGAAUGACUUCAACCAUACUUCUUCUAUAAACUAAUUUUUAAAUGAUUCGUCACUUUGCAAAGAACACUUUUUUACAUAUGGACCAGUCUACUGCAAUAUGCAUAUUUUUUCACAAAGACUAAAUAUUGCAGCACUCAAAAUUCUUUCUAUUAUCUAUUAGAACGUGUUCAAGAAAUCUUCAGUUGUAAAGUAAAUCAUGGAUAAAAAGAAACCCAUUUUGAAAGCUGAAAGUGACCUUUCUGUAGCGAAAGCAAGCAAUGUCAAAGAUGAACAGGAGGAUGAAUUAAAUUGUGAUACAGAUGAUACUCCAUUUAAGGUGGAAGCUGAUGAAACAAAGCAUGCUGAAAGCAGCGAUGAACAAGAAGAUAAAGAACAACACUGUGCUGAUACCUCAAAUACCUUUUCGUCCACUGAAAAUGAGGAUGACUAUGGUGUUCUGUUUUCACAGUACACUACUACACUCUAUGAUGCAGCAAUGGAGGCUGUUACUCAAAGCAUUCUCACCAAUAAAAACAUUAGUAAUCGGAAAAAAUCUCCAGCUUGGAAUCAUUUUUUUAUUUCUCCUAGGGACAGUACCAAAGCAAUAUGCAUGUACUGUAUGAAAGAGUUUAGCAGGGGAAAGAAUGAAAAAGACCUCAGUACUAGUUGUCUGAUGAGACAUGUAAGAAGGGCACACCCCAGGGUUCUUGUCUCAGAAAAUGGAAAUAUGCCAAGUAUAUCUUACUCUCCCCCGACAUUACUUUUAACUCCGCAGACUCCAGAUGUUGGGGAAACCAAUGUAACACCUACAAAAACUAGGAAGCGUUCUUCAAAAAUAUCUGUUGCUGAGAAGAUAGCAGAAGAGCCAAUGUCAGUGAUAUCAUCAGAUGAGAUGUCUUCAGACUUUUCGGUCUCUGAAAAAAAUAGCAAAGAGGAUGUUGCUGUAACUUCUCCUGUAUCUUUACCAAUCAACCAGAGUGAUGAAACUGUGGAAAAUAUAAUGGAAAAACAUAAUCCAAUUCAAAGAAAUGCAUCUGGUUCCAGAAGGCGGUCUGCAGUGUGGAAGCAUUUUUAUUUAUCUCCACUGGAUAAUUCAAAAGCAGUGUGUAUUCACUGUAUGAAUGAAUUCAGCAGAGGAAAAAAUGGGAAGGACCUUGGGACAAGCUGCUUAAUAAGGCAUAUGUGGAGAGCACAUCGUUCAAUUGUUUUGCAAGAGAAUGGUGGAGGGACUACCUUGCCACCUCCUUAUUCUGUGCCACCAACACUGUUACCAUCUCUUCUAUCUGCAGAAGGUGGCGAGACCAAUUCAGUUACUGUCUCUCCUGGGAAAAUGGUGAAUGAAUCUACUUCUGUACCUCCAUCUCCAGAUAGAGUUUCUGAGGAUACACAGUGCACUGUUCCUAAUGGUGAUCUAUCGAUUAGUGAUGGAGCAACAGUUUUGCAUUCCUCUGAGGAUAUUGCUGACCAAUCUUCACCCGAAAAGCUAAAGUGUAGGCGUUCCUUUGAAUGUGAGCCACCCGUAAUUUUUCAACAAAACAAAAAAGUUAUGAAACGUUUGAAGUCUGAGGUUUGGCACCAUUUUUCAUUGUCUCCUACUGAUAACUUAAAGGCAAUUUGCAGAUAUUGUAAUUGUAUGAUAAGCAGAGGUAAAAAGGGGGAUUUAGGAACCAGUUGUUUAAUGAGACAUCUUUAUCGACGGCACCCAGAAAUACUGUUGAAUCAAAAAAGCUUUAUUGAUGUUGGUUUGGCCAAUUCUCCGUAUGCUACCUUAGCCUCUGCAGAAUGCUCAUCUUCAAAAAUUACAGCAUCAUCAACAGUAGUUAGCAAUGAUAAUCAAGUGGUAGUCCCCUCAAACAGCAAGAAAACCUCAAAACUGUGGAAUCACUUCUCAAUAUGUUCUGCAGAUUCUACUAAGGUUAUAUGUAUGCACUGUGGACGCACAAUAAGCAGAGGGAAAAAACCAACAAAUUUGGGUACCAGCUGCCUCCUAAGACACUUACAGCGCUUCCACAAUAAUGUGCUGCAAAACAAUGUUCCAGAAACUUUAGCACCUGCAGGUGGGCAAAUGCCAGUAAAUUCAGAGUCAACAGCCUCUUCCUCUUUUGAUGAAACCAAUGACAAGUUUUGUGACUCUCACCCAGUUGCCAAAAAAAUCACAAGUCUUGUAGCUGAAAUGAUAGCACUAGAUCUUCAGCCAUACUCGUUUGUGAAUAAUGUUGGCUUUAACAGACUGCUUGAAUACCUCCAACCUCAGUACGUAUUGCCACCUGCUUCUUACUUUUCUACAACAGCAAUUCCAGAUAUGUAUGAAAAUGUGAAACACAUAAUUGUCUCGCACUUAAAAGAAGCUGAAGGUGGCGUUAUCCAUUUUACAGCCGGGAUCUGGAUGAGCAGCCAGACACGGGAAUAUUUAACACUUACUGCUCAUUGGGUAACAUUUGACUCGUCAUUCAGACCACACAGCGACGAUUACCACUGUUCAGCACUUUUACAUGUGUCUCAGAUCGAUUGUGAUUAUAAUGGUGUCAGUGUUCAGAAACAUCUAGAAUAUUUAUGGGAAUCCUGGAUAACCUCAAUAGGCCUCACAAUGGGCAUCACUGUAACAGAUAAUCACAGUAUAGGCAAAACAUUAAAUGAAAGCGAACAUUCGAGUGUUCAGUGCUUUGGACACACUAUAGAUCUAAUUGUAAACGAGGCUAUUAAGAGUCAAAGAAUGGUUCAAAAUCUGCUGAGUAUUGCCAGGAAAAUUUGUGAACGUGUGCACCGGUCAACAAAAGCUAAGGAGAAGUUAGCCGAGCUACAAAAGGAAUAUGGGCUGCCUCCACACCAGCUGAUUCAAGACGUCCCGUCAAAAUGGAGUACUUCAUUUCAUAUGUUAGAACGUCUUAUUGAACAGAAAAGGGCCAUUGAUGAGAUGUCAAUCGAGUGUAACUUUAGAGAAGUUAUUAGCUGUGACCAGUGGGAGGUGAUGCAGUCUGUGUGCCAUGCUCUAAAACCUUUUGAGGCAGCCAGUAGGGAAAUGAGCAUGCACAUGGCCACUUUAAGUCAGGUGAUUCCAAUGAUACACAUACUUAACAGAAAGAUAGAAAUGCUGUUUGAAGAAACAAUGGGAAUAGACACCAUGCUGAAAUCACUCAAGGAAGCCAUGGUUUGUAGACUGUCUUCAACACUUCUUGACCCAAGGUACAUUUUUGCAACUCUCUUGGAUCCCCGGUACAAGGCUUCCUUAUUUGCAGAGGAGGAGGCUGAGGAAUACAAACAAGGAUUAAUCAGGGAACUGGAACUAUUAAGCUCUACCUCAGAUGAUGCACCCAUCCUUAAUGGGUGUAGCAAAAUUUCACCAACUAAAACCAAGGGUGAGGAGAAUAUAUGGUCGCUUAUGGACAAUAUAAAAAAAACAAAAAACUUUAAGGAAAAAUUACCUGAAGAUAUUGUGUUUGCUUAUUUGGAGGAGGAAGUCCUUGAACAUAACUGUGAUCCCCUAACAUACUGGAACUUGAAGAAAUCAUCUUGGCCAGCUUUAUCAAAGCUGGCUGUCAGAUUCCUCGGGUGUCCCCCUAGCAUUGUUCCUUCUGAGCGACUUUUUAACACCUCAAAUGAAAAUAGCAAUUUUAACCAAACUAGGCUAAUGAUGGAACAUUUUGAGCAGCUAAUCUUUUUAAAAGUAAAUCUCCCCUUAAUUUACUUUCAGUAUUGAAACAAAGUUGCCAGGUAAAAAAAUCACUAAAUCAACGGUUUUGUUUGGUUUUUUUUUUUUUUUUUACCUUAAACUGCUCCACAAGGGGCCAUGUAGGACAUCUGAUCAGUAACUGUAAUUUUCUACUGCAUUCUAAUGUCUCGCUUUAAAUAUGGUCUACAUGUGCCUUACUCAUUUCUUCAGGCGGCCAGAUUCUGUGUAUAUAUACUUUUUCCUGUUUACCUUUUAGUGUCAUAAUUUGAAUUACAAACGUCAGUCUUCUUAUUUGUAAAUACAUAUGUAAAAAAGUGAUUCCUUUUGUUAGAAUACAAAGAAGAUGUAAACAAUUUUAUUCUCUAGUUUUUCUUGAAUUACGUACAAAAAUGAAAGGUACUGUAUUUUAGUCAAACAU